GACGCCCCCUCUCUCACAUGAGUCCCCUCGCUUCCCGUAGCAGCAGGAACAGCUCGUCUCUCAGGGUUUUGUACUUCUGUGCCUUUAUUCCUCUCAGUAUUUACCACAAUGUCGGCCGCAUCUAGCGUCGUUGCGAUGAAGAAAGUCGUCCAACAGCUGCGUUUUGAGGCAAAUAUAAACAGAGUGAAGGUCUCGCAGGCUGCCGCAGAACUCCAGCAGUUCUGCAUCCAGAACGCCCUUCAGGACCCCUUGCUGACUGGGGUCUCCUCAAGCACCAACCCCUUCAGGACACAGAAGCUGUGUUCUUUUGUCUGAUGUCCUACAAUGUGUUAUUGCCAUCGAUAUAUAUUCCUGCUCCUGUGACAUUUCUGCUGAGGAAAAGACUUGACCACUGCCAUAACCUGUUUUAAAUAACCAGCAACAGUACAACCAGAAACCAGUACCUCGAUCUGUUGCCAAAAACACCAGGACUCAAAUGGACUCCUCUUAAUGGUUUCCUCUAUUCGAGUGCCCUCAAUGAUGCAUUAGUUUGAACAGAAGUACAAUACGAAUUGAGCCUUUUUUGUUUUUUAUACCUGUAAAUUAAGUCAUGCGUGGAUCUGGCUUGGAUUAAACCAGUGUUGAAUAGUGUCUUUGUGAAGACCUCUAACUACUAACAAUCCUGCCUUAAGAUGUGCUUAGUAAUGCCUUAGUUUGGUGGAUUAAAAUACUUUUUUUUUUUGUAAUUUUUUUGUGGCACAGCAGUGGCAUCUCAGUAAUUUAUUGUGCCUUUUUUAAACAAUGUGCUCCAUUUCUAUCUUGUCAGCCUUAGGCUUUUUGUAACAAAUAAAACCUUCAUUUGUAUACA